GUGUUUCGGUCGCUACGGCCGUAAUAUUGCGCACGCCUGCCCAAUAACAAUCACUGCGAUCGACUCAGUGUUAUAUUGGCUCAUCGCCGGUUUUCAUCGUUUUUUCUGUGGCUUCUGAUUUAAAGCGCAAAAAAAAAACGUUCACACUGUUAUAAUCAUCAGAAUUUUUCACAAACGAGUGAGAGAGUUCAAAACGUGGAAUAAUUUUCAGUUUAAAACGAAAGAAAAAGUGUUUUGAAGCGGUUGAUUGAAAUCGAGAGAAGUGCGCAUUUGAAAAUGUUCAAUUCGAAAAUGAAAUCGUUUAUUGUACUAUUUCUUACAUUCGGAAUGGGAUUUGGUGGUCAGCUCGAAGGACUGAGACCGCAACCGGUUAAAGUUCAGUGUGAGCCAUUAGCCAAUGAUGCACUUUGCUAUAUUGCUACACCAAUUCAAUUGAAUCCGGUUCAAAGUUUGGAGUUUGAAGACAUGAGCACAUCACAAGCGAACAACAUUCUUGAAUUCACGGUGUCGUACGAAACAAAAAUGGAAAUUAUACCGCAUGGCAUUUUCGACAUGUUCCACUAUUUGGAACAGUUAAAAUUGCAAGGAAUCGGACUCAAGACAUUGCAUCACAGUGACUUUGAAAAUGCCUGGAAUUUGCAUAAUUUAACACUCAGUGAUAAUAAAUUGGAACGCAUACCGAGUGGGAUUUUCUCGCGAGCGGUCAAUCUAAUCGAAUUGAAUUUGGAUGGCAAUUUAAUUUUACACCUGGAAAAUGAUGCCUUCAACGGUUUACAUCAGUUGUACUAUUUGUCAUUGAAUCGUAAUCGUUUGAUUACAUUGAAAUCGUACGCGUUUAGCGGUGCACCACAUUUGACCGAUCUACGGCUGGAAUACAAUGAAAUCGAAGUGCUGGAAAAUGGCGUUUUUGAUUUGCCCGAUUUGAUGUUCUUGUACCUGGGUCAUAAUCAAUUGAAAAUAAUUCCAGACGAUUGCUUCAAAAAUACACAGCUCAUCGGCUUGGACUUGCAAUCCAAUCAAAUUACACAAUUGGGCAAUUCUAUUUAUGAUAUCAAAACUAUGCGUACAUUGAUUCUGUUGGACAACGAUCAAAUUAGCGAUCUAAACUCAACGCGCAUCGCUGAAAUGAACCGUUUGGUUGAAAUUAAAUACAAGCCUAACAGUCAAACGCUUGUAUAAACAAUGCGAUUUUAGGCUUUUUUUUAAAUGCUUUACUAGUAUAUAAUUU